AGCUGCUGAGCGGCCGCGGGUCCGGGCACGAUGCAGAAGAGCGUGCGGUACAACGAGGGGCAUGCCCUGUACCUGGCGCUGUUGGCCCGCAAGGAGGGCACCAAACGGGGCUAUCUCAGCAAGAAGACGGCGGAGACCAACCGCUGGCACGAGAAGUGGUUCGCCCUCUACCAGAACGUGCUCUUCUACUUCGAGGGUGAGCAGAGCGCCCGUCCCGCCGGCAUGUACAUGCUGGAGGGCUGCAACUGUGAGCGGGUGCCGGCUCCCAAGGGAUGCUCGGCCGGCAGUGCCAAGGAUGCUGCGCUGGACAAGCAGCAUUACUUUACUGUUCUCUUUGGCCAUGAAGGGCAGAAGCCGCUGGAGCUCCGUUGUGAGGAUGAAGUUGAUGGAGAUGAGUGGGUAGAAGCUAUUCACCAAGCGAGCUACUCAGACAUCUUGAUUGAGCGGGAGGUGCUGAUGCAGAAGUACAUCCACCUCAUGCAGAUCGUGGAGACUGAGAAGAUCGCGGCCAACCAGCUCCGGCACCAGCUGGAGGACCAGGACACGGAAAUCGAGAGGCUGAAGUCAGAGAUUGUAGCGCUGAAUAAAACAAAGGAAAAAAUGCGACCUUAUCAAGGCAACCAGGAAGAUGAGGAUCCAGAUAUUAAAAAAAUUAAAAAGGUUCAGAGCUUUAUGCGGGGCUGGUUAUGUAGAAGAAAAUGGAAAACUAUUGUUCAAGAUUACAUUUGUUCUCCUCAUGCAGAAAGCAUGAGGAAAAGGAAUCAGAUAGUUUUCAACAUGGUGGAGGCUGAAUCUGAGUAUGUGCAUCAGCUUUAUGUGCUUGUGAACUGUUUCCUGAGGCCGCUCAGGAUGGCUGCAAGCUCAAAGAAGCCGCCCAUCAGCCAUGAUGAUGUCAGCAGCAUUUUCCUCAACAGUGAAACAAUCAUGUUUCUUCAUGAGAUAUUUCACCAAGGCUUAAAAGCAAGAAUAGCUAACUGGCCUACCUUAAUUCUAGCUGACUUAUUUGACAUUCUGCUGCCAAUGCUGAACAUAUAUCAAGAAUUUGUUCGGAAUCAUCAAUAUAGCCUACAAAUACUGGCAAACUGUAAGCAAAACAGAGAUUUUGACAAACUCUUGAAGCAAUAUGAAGCCAACCCAGCAUGUGAGGGGCGAAUGCUGGAAACUUUCCUUACUUACCCCAUGUUUCAGAUUCCUAGAUAUAUUAUAACACUUCAUGAACUUCUGGCUCACACACCACAUGAACAUGUUGAGCGAAAAAGCCUUGAAUUUGCUAAAUCUAAACUAGAAGAACUUUCAAGGGUGAUGCAUGAUGAGGUGAGUGACACGGAGAAUAUCCGGAAGAAUCUGGCCAUAGAGAGAACCAUAGUAGAAGGCUGUGACAUACUACUGGACACCAGCCAAACUUUUAUACGCCAAGGUUCCCUUAUCCAAGUCCCUUCAGUUGAGAGGGGAAAGCUUAGUAAAGUUCGCCUGGGCUCACUGUCUUUGAAGAAAGAAGGAGAAAGGCAGUGCUUCUUGUUUACAAAACAUUUUUUAAUUUGUACUAGAAGUUCAGGAGGAAAACUGCAUCUUCUCAAGACAGGAGGUGUUCUGUCGUUAAUAGAGUGCACAUUGAUUGAGGAGACAGAUGCCAGUGAUGAUGAUUCAAAAGGUUCUGGACAGGUGUUUGGGCACCUUGAUUUCAAACUUAUAGUUGAACCUACGGAUGCUCCUCCUUUUACUGUUGUCCUUUUAGCCCCAUCACGACAGGAGAAAGCUGCGUGGACAAGUGAUAUCAGUCAGUGCAUUGAUAAUAUAAGAUGCAAUGGGUUAAUGACAAUAGUGUUUGAAGAAAACUCUAAAGUCACAGUGCCACAUAUGAUCAAAUCCGAUGCUCGUCUUCAUAGAGAUGACAUUGACAUCUGCUUCAGCAAAACAUUGAACUCGUGCAAAGUGCCCCAAAUCCGCUACGCAAGCGUCGAGCGCCUCUUGGAACGACUGACAGACUUGAGGUUUCUGAGCAUCGAUUUCCUGAACACCUUCCUGCACACCUACCGCAUAUUCACUACGGCAGCUGUUGUCCUGGAAAAGCUCUCAGACAUCUACAAACGGCCCUUCACCUCCAUUCCAGUCAGGUCUUUGGAGUUGUUCUUUGCCACCAAUCAGAACAACAGAGGGGAGUACCUGGCUGACGGGAAGUCGCCACAUCUCUGCCGCAAGUUCUCUUCUCCUCCUCCACUGUCACUCUCCAGGACUUCCUCACCUGCCAGAACCCGAAAGCUGUCCCUGACCUCACCCCUGAACUCAAGGAUCGGUGCCCUUGACCUCUCUGCUUCAUCUGUGGCCAGCAGUCCUACCUCAAACUACAGCCCGGCCACCUCCCCCCCACCUACGGGCAGCAAAGUGCCCCUGGACCUGAGCAAGGGGCUCUCGUCCCCAGAGCAGAGUCCAGGGUCCAUCGAGGACAGCCUGGAGAACCCCCGCAUGGACCUCUGCAACAAGCUGAGGAGGAGCAUCCGCAGAGCAGCAGUUCUGGAUUCUGUGUCAGUGGACAGGACUAUCCCUGAGAGCACUUCAGUAGUGGACACCACAGAGCUUUCGCCAUGCAGAUCCCCUUCGACACCACGUCACCUCCGCUACCGCCAGCCAGGAGUGCAAGCUGCUGAUAACAGCCACUGCUCAGUUUCUCCUGCUUCUGCUUUUGCUAUUGCUACGGCUGCAGCAGGGCACGGGAGCCCACCAGGGUUUAACAACUCCGAGCGCACGUGUGACAAGGAGUUCAUCAUACGCAGAGCGGCCACGAACCGCGUCCUCAACGUCCUGCGACACUGGGUCUCCAAACACUCACAGGAUUUUGAUCUGAACAACGAGCUGAAAAUGAACGUGUUCAAUUUGCUGGAGGAAGUUUUGAGAGACCCUGACCUUCUGCCACAAGAAAGGAAAGCUACUGCAAACAUACUGAGGACUCUUUCUCAGGAUGAUCAAGAUGAUACUCAUUUGAAGAUAGAGGAUAUAAUUCAGAUGUCGGACUGUCCAAAACCGGAGUGCUUUGAGACGCUGUCGGCCAUGGAGCUUGCAGAGCAAAUCACCCUCCUGGAUCACGUGGUGUUCCGGAGCAUUCCCUACGAAGAGUUUCUUGGGCAGGGCUGGAUGAAAGUGGAUAAAAAUGAGAGAACGCCCUAUAUUAUGAAAACCAGUCAACAUUUCAAUGAUAUGAGUAACCUGGUGGCCUCCCAGAUCAUGAACUAUGCUGAUGUCAGCUCCCGGGCCAACUCCAUUGAGAAAUGGGUGGCUGUUGCUGAUAUUUGCAGGUGUUUGCACAAUUAUAAUGGUGUGUUAGAGAUCACCUCAGCCUUGAACAGAAGUGCAAUCUACAGGCUUAAGAAAACCUGGGGUAAAGUAUCCAAACAGACAAAGGCUCUCAUGGACAAGCUUCAGAAGACUGUAUCAUCUGAAGGAAGAUUUAAAAACCUUAGAGAAAUGCUCAAAAAUUGUAACCCACCUGCUGUUCCCUACCUUGGGAUGUACCUGACGGACCUGGCCUUUAUCGAAGAAGGAACACCCAACUUCACUGAGGAAGGACUUGUCAACUUUUCCAAAAUGAGAAUGAUCUCACAUAUUAUCAGGGAAAUACGGCAGUUCCAGCAGACCUCCUACCGCAUAGAUCAUCAGCAGAAGGUCACUCACUAUUUACUUGACAAGACGCUCAUUAUAGAUGAAGAUACGUUGUAUGAGCUCUCCCUGAAGAUUGAGCCCAGACUCCCUGCCUGAAACUUAGCUUUGCCUGAGAGUCUACAGAAAGCUUUAGUACAAUGAACAGCAUCAUGCAUGCCUAAAAACAACAAAGGAAAUUUUGGGAAGAAUGCCAGCUCUCUUUGCCAAUAAGAGGUACAGAGUCUCACAGCAUUUCCCUCUCUGGCAACAAAAACGAGCAUUGGAGGUGGAAGACAAAGAUACUUCCUACCUGGAUUAAGUGAUUGUUGCUUUGCAAAGAUAAUGUUUUGCAUAGGGACUAUGAUUUAUUGGAAAAUAGGAGACUUUACUGUGAACAGGCUCUCAUUGCAGCUAUCUUAAUGUGACAAAGUAAGGGUACAGAUUUAAAUGGUGGCAAUAUACUCAGGUAUAUUAAGAUGAGUAAGCAAAAUGAGGUGGCUGGGUUGAUGGCUAACUGUGUGUCCACUGAGGCAGCAAUGGUUGUGGUGUCCUCAUAUUGUGUUAAUUUCACUGAGAAACCAGAAUUUUAACAGUCAUCUACUAUUUUGGAAUGGCAUUAAGAGAACAUCUAGUAACUUCAGACCUGCAGUUGUUCAAAACACUUGCUGUAUGUUUAAUGUACUUUUAUAAAAGACUUUCUUCUUUAAAUGUCUUGUCAGCCUUUUCUAAGAUGGCUGAUUGUACCUAUAAAUGAUUUGUAAAUAUUAUUUUUCAUCCAUGAGAGUAUUUACAGCAUGGAAAGCAAACAGACUAAUGGAAUAGCUGUACAUAGUUGCCAGCCUUCCCAGUUGGGAAACACAAAGUGAGAAAUCUGGACGCGCAGUGGAUGGGAUGGUGAGUCGUGUUGCACGCAGCCCUGGAAAAGGCACUUUAUUUCCCUGCACCUCCUGCAACUUCUCUGACAAGUCAGGCUACAGAGCACUUUCUGGACACACUGUGGAGAGAAACACACAUCUGAUCUGGCAGUGGGUGGUGACCAGCAGUGAACACUCAGAGCUGGAGUGACAGUUCCGUUUCACUUGGAAUCAGUGGUUUGAAAAAUGUCUAUUUUUUUUUGUUCAGCCAUUCAGCACUAACUUAGCUCUAAAAUCAUACAUAUCAGUGGCAAACGUUGACUGCCAGCAAACACAAAGUAUGUAUUUUUAUCUGAGAUAGUAAUUAUCACUUGCAUAUGGGCAUAUGUAUGAGAAAAUGUGUUAUUUGUAAAUGUUUUCAGAGCCUGUGCUUUUGUGACGUACCAGGUAGAUAGAUGUCAUUUCUGCAGCUAGUGGGUACUUCCUACAUUUUCCUGAUCAAGAGUGGCCUGUCAUAGCUGCAUGGAAACUGAGCUCAAAUGUAUGUUGUAAAGGGCAUCAUACUAUAAAACACAGGUGUUAGCACUGUUGAAAAAAAAAUUGGCUGGAAAAGUGUCCUUACUUUUCCAAUGAUAUUCAGCCAGUUGAAGAAAUAGGGCUAUAUCACUGUAUACCUCCCUUAAAUUCUCUCAGGGAGACAGAUGCUUAAAACAGAUUGUGACCUAGGCCUAUUUGAUCUGACAUAUCUUACCACAGUCAUGAUGCUUCUCAACGCUGACGAUGAAAAAUGGACCUGCCUGGCUUGUGGUUUUUUUCUUUAUUUGCACUUUAAUUAUAUUGCUGGCCCAGCCCCAAGCUGCACAAUAAAUUCCAUUUGUUCUGACUCAGUGUAACUGCCAGCAUUUACAAAUGUACCUUAGCAACUGUACAUUUCAUUAAGGUUCUUAUCCACAAGGACCAUCUCUUUGUAAAUAACUGCAUGGGUGUCACAGAUACUGGAAAAUUCCUCCAUUAGAAGAGCAGACAGCAAGAGAGAAGGAAAUGCCAGAAACACUUUAGAUAGUUCUGGUUAAUGAUUGCUGUGAAAAUGAACAUGGAAAAUAUUACUUAUAGAAACCUUUUGUUGUCAAAUGCGUUUAUUUCUUUUCACUAAUGGCUGACAAGAAGCUGAUUGCAUCCCAGUGCAUGAUAUGAGGAAAAGCAUGGUUUAUUUGGAUCACAAAACCAACUGACUGUGUAUUUUCUGUACAAAAGCAGUUACCAUUUAGUAGUUUCAGAAAACACUUUGAAGUAAUGAAGCAACAGGGGAAAUGUGGUCCAGAAAGUGAUUUCCUAACUUUGUUUUAUUGUUUCUUUGUUCAAAAGAAAAUGUGUAACAACUGUCUCUGUCAAUGGGCAUCUUUGUUGUAUGCUAUUAACUGCUGCUUUAUCUGCCUGUACCCCAUUUUACCAAAUUUCCCUGAUGUUCUUAGGGUUACAGGGUACAAUUCUUCAUCUUGCUCUGUUCAUGGUUGGUUGUUUUGUACUUUCUGUGUGUAUAUUGGUUCAGAACAUUCAAUGAUGUAUUUUAGUGUUUGUGACACGCAGGGUUGGUGCUGUGCUCAUGUGGCACAUGGACAGAGAAGAAGACAAAGGGUUAGACAUGGGCUUUUCCAAAGGUGCUGAGCAUCCAUAUCUUAAAAUCAGAAGGCAGUGUGAUAGUUCAGCCCCUUUGGAAAAGCACAGACUACUCAUAUGCCAAAGUUUGCCUCCUGGGACAGGGGCACAACUGAGGUUAGAAUGAUUAGAGUAGCAUAUGUACUUGAUUUGUGUUCAGAGCAACACCACCACCACCACCACCACAAAACCAAACAAACAAACAAACAAUUAUUAUGGUCACAGUAAUGCUUGAUUUGCUGAUGUCUAAUGUUGCUGGUUUUGCUUGGGGAUACAAUAUGUUUGUUAAAGCACAGGAGGUGAGUGGCUGAAAAAGUGAGGAUGCACCUUGUUACCCACAACACUCGCCAGCAUUGCAGCCCUAUAACCACAUUUGGGAUCAGCUGUUCUGGAGGAACAGCAAGUGCAGAGCUGUGUGCUGGGCUGUGCUUCACCAAUCAGUGGCCCCAGUGCCUCUGCCACAGUCCUGCUGCCGUGUAUGGGCUGUGGCCAUGGUCCAUAGGCAGCAGCAACCUGCUUUGUGUGAGGCUUUGCUUGGUCCCAGUGUAACCAGCGCUCUCCCUGUAGGGCGCACAGGGAUCGUGGAGCUCCUGCUACCAGCUCCUCUGUGCCACUCCACCAAAGCCACAUAACACAUAGGGAUGGAAAUCUCAUUCAUCAAACACACACUGUUUGCCUCUGGCAUUUUAGGGAGCAUGUCCCUGAGUGAGGACUUUGUCAUGGGGUCUUGCUGUCUUCUAGGAUCUUGUCCAUCACAGCUUUUACACUGUGGAAGCAAAACAGACUCACUUUCCUGCAAGUGGAGCUAGAAAAGCCCAGCUGAUUCAGGAUCCACAAGGAGGAAAAGGGCUGAAGCACCUCUCUACUUGCCUUCCUGAGCUCCUCAGCCCCUCUGUGCCAGUGGGAUGGAGGGGCUGCUCCCUGUGGAACACUCCAGGUACAUGCUGAAGGGGCUGGCUGGCAGCAAUGGGGAUAUAGCAAAUUUCACCCACUGGGUUGCAGUGGGCACACCUGCCAGUGAUGCCUGAGGGGAGCUCUGCAGUGUUUUUUAUUGCAUAAGUAGCAGCCCAGAUUGAGCCUACAGUGACCUGGGGGCCUGGGCAGCAGCACAGACAUGUCCCCUUCAUGUGAGAGACAGAGCACUUGUCUGACGCUGAUAAAGGAUUAGAGUUGCCUUCACCCCAGCCUUUGCUCCCCCAUCCCUUUCCCCUUUCAAAUUCAUCAGUGUUGUUAUGGACUGAGCCCAUGACUUGGUCGUCCUGUGGAAGAAAACCAGACCUGUGGCAGUAAGUGUUUGUUCUGCCCCUUUCUUUUGGCAAGUCCUGUGAAACACAGAUGCAUAUGUUCAUGGUGAGAGGUGAUAACUGGGACUGAUCACCCUUAUUUAAGAGUGAGGAGGAGGUCCACUUUCUGCUUUCCUGGUUUUAAUACUAAUUAUUGUUCUCUAGGAUUAAAAGGAACUUAACUACUUUAAUUAUUUAUUAAACGAUUUUGAUUUCAGGACAUGUUCAUUAUCCCAAAUUUUCCUCCAUGCUUAUUAUUUAUUUUAAGGGUUUUACAAAAAACCAUUGUUUUAUUUGUAUUGAUAUUCAGUCUUUCCUCCUUUUAGUCUUAACAGCAACAUUAAGCUUAGAUGAUUGAAAAUUCUCACCCAUAGAGACAUUUUUACCCAUCAUAACUGUUAUUCAUUAAGGGCAAAACCCUUCAGACCUCAUUCUGAUAAUACAUUAGGCUUCACUGAGAGCUUUUCAUAAGUAUUUGGGGAUCUGGCUCUCAGCUAUUUGCCUGUUACAGUUUUUGCCUCCAAAGGUCAAGUGUCUCUGUCCUGGAUGCUUUGUGUCCAAUACACUGCUCAACGAUGGUUGUUCUGCUGUACCUUUACUCCUGAAUAGUCUCUGAUGUUUUGUUACUUAGGAGAGUAGAUCUAUGUUUAUUUGACAGAUGUACCUAUAACUAAUGUGUUACUUAGUGCACACUCCAGAUGUUUUUGCAUGUAUUGUAACUUAUCUUUUGACCUGAGGUUAUUGCUUUGUAUUGUUAGUAAGACCUAUCAGGCAAGGUGUUGUGCCUCUAUGCUGAUUAAACUUUCUUUUAUUUCCUGA